AUGUGCCAGAAAAGUGGGCAGGAAAUCCCCCCCCUCAAUUUUGUAGUCAAUGAAAGAGAAGAAUUUUUAAACAUAUUUAAUUAUAAGAAUGUCAAAUGCUUUAAGUCCUGUAACUACAUCUACAUUGGGCAGUAUAAAAAGGAGGAGCCGCACGGAAGCAAAGAAAACGACUGCGAUUUGGUGUGCAAAAAAGGGGAAGAUAUUAAAAAAAUCGAAACGAAAGAGUUCACUUCGAGCAGAGAAAAAUCAGACAAAAAGAAGAAAAAAAAAUGCAGCAAGUGUAUAAAAGAUGGCUAUGGAAUUUUAAUAACGUUAAGGAGGAACACCUUUGGUGAAGAAGUAAUUGUGAAUAAGUUCAUUGGUAACUGGAAAAAUAAUAAAAAAAGCGGAUUGGGAUUUAAUUUAUAUCUGAAUGGGAAUGUCUAUUAUGGGUAUUAUGAGAAUAAUGCAAGAAAUGGGUGGGGCCACUUCGAAUGGAGAGACAGUCAGUCAAGUUAUGAAGGGAACUGGGUCAACAACCACAUGAAUGGCAAAGGCACAUAUAAAAGUAAAACCUUUUCAUUCGAUGGACAUUUUUAUAAUAAUAAAUUUCUUAACUCGUCUGGGGAAUGGAUAGAUGUGGUACCCAUGGAAAAGGAAAAAAAAAAAAACGUGAGCCUCCUCAAAAGAGAUGUAAUUACUGGUGAUGAGAUGAUCAAUUUAGUUUGCCUCCCUUUUGAUUUUUUAAAAAGUCAUUUAAAAAAAAUUGCAGACAUGAUCAAGUACAAAUAUAACAAGGUUCCUUUUUUCAUGUGUUCCAAGGGUUUUAUAGAGAAACACAGAGAUUUUAAUUUGUCUAAAUUUAUCUUUUUAAGUUAUUAUUUUGGUCCUGAUGAGCCAUUUUGCGAGGAGGGCAAUUAUCAGCUUCUCUUCGACGGUGUACAAAAUGAGGGGGGAAAUUCAAAAGUGGGUUGGGAUGAUCCCAAUUUGAAGCCAUUCCGGAGUGGCACCCCUUCGGAUACUGGUGAAGAAGCAGAAGGUGACAGCAGUUCGCGGGAGUCUAGCUGUUCUAGCGGUUCUGAGCGGUCGGAUGGGUCGCCCAGCUCCCGCGCGACUAGCUCGUCUGGGUUGUCAAGCGGGGAGAAUGAGGGGAGCGAAAGGGGUGGCAAAGAUGGAAAGCCCCCCUCCAACUCUUCCAACUGGUCAAAUGGGCGGGCUCACUCAAACCUCUCCAAGGCGUCUGCCGCUUCUCACUCGUCGCACCUGUCCAGCCUGUCCGCCAUCAGCAACAGCUGGUACGGUUCGAAGGGGACGGCCCCUCCCCAUGACGAUUUAGACCACUCAAAAAGGAGCGCCCUCAAUAGCGCCGACUUAACCAGAAAUGAAAGCAAAGGCAGUAGCGAGAGUGACCUGAAGGAAUACAUAAAGAACGCGAAUAAAUCGAAUGCCUCUAAGGAGGAAAGCCUAGCCGCAGCGCCAUCCAACGUUAGUGAAAUUUGCCAAAAUGGGAUGAACUCCACCUCGGGCAUAUGCAAUGAGGAUACCUCCUACGAGAUGGAAGAAAGGAAAAAGAACGAAAUGUACCAACUGGUGAAGAAGUACGUGCAUAUUUAUGCCAAUUUGGAAGGCACUUCCAGUGAGUAUUCUAUAAAGCCCAGCGAAACGGAAAGCUCCGAUGAAGGGGGAGACCUCCUCAAAGUGGAAAGUAAGGAACAUGUUGAUCCAGCGAAGCGUGGUGGGAACGAACAAUCGGGAGGAACUAAAGAGACGGAUGGGAAGGAAACAGUGGGAGAGAAUGCAAACCCCAAAGCGAAUAACGCAUCGUCAGAAGAGGCUAACACGAGUAGGGCGAAUCCCUCGGAAAGUACCCACCACCUCAAAAUGAGAAAAAAAAAAAUCGAGAAGGAAUUAUCCAAGAUAAAAAUAGACACUCACUUUUUGGAAAAACUAAAAAAUUGCAAUUUGACAUGCACACACAAGAUAAAGCAAAAAAUGGAAACGUCGAUGAUGCUCAAGUAUCCGUUCAUUUUUAGCUUAAGCGUGAGUGAAGACCCAAAUAAGUAUGAGACUAUAACUAGGGAAUUCCUUUUAGAGAGUUGCAAAAUCCCCACCUUGUGGUUAUUAAAGAAUUACUUUGGAGCCACAGAGAAUAAACUGCCCGAGGAAAUUUUCUCCCCUCCCUUUUUCGAUUUUUACAACUCAAAUAUGAACAUGCCUAUGCACCCGCAUUUUCAAACUCCCCAAAAUGAGGACGACGAGGAGAAUUUUAAUGCUGGCGAAAUUUCGCCGCUGAAUUUUUUCCUCAUCACAGAUUUGUUAGUAGGGGACACGAAAGAUGCCAAGCAUUUGAAAUGUUUAGUGAGGGACAAAUUUAUGAACUUUUCCUUUUUGAGUAACUUAUUUUUUCUCAUCAUCGAGUAG